UCGUUGGAUGGCAACAUUUUGGAGGAGUGUGACAUGUGUCACGGAGCUAAUGCCCGUAUGCUACUGUUAAGCGAGUAAGUAACUAUAUUGGAUAUUGCAUCUGUGUCAUUUCCUUGAAGGUCGUGCAUUAAUAAUUUAUCAGUAAAGGCCACGUGUAUGUGCAUUAAUAUUUGUUGACAUUUUUGAGCAGCAAUGUUAACAACGAUUUAAUAAUAUAUGGACUAGGAUGUAAACAAGAUUAAAAUAAUCAUCUUAAUAAUACUGGAAAUCAGGAAAACAACAUCUAGAUACGAGCUUGUAGGAACAGAACAAAUAGAUUCAUUCAAAAUGGAUAUAAAAACGACAGGGAAAGAAUACAGAAAUACAUUUGUGUUGUCAGGAGCCUUUACAGCAAUAUUUACUGCAUACCUUGCAAUACAAAAUCUUCAAAGUAGUUUGAAUCAAGAGCAAGGCCUUGGAAUAAUCUCCUUGUCAUGUAUGUACGCUUGUAUAAUCAUCUCUGGCAUCCUCGCACCUGCCAUCAUUCAUGUUUUUGGGGAGAAAAAAAUUCUCGUAAUCUCGUUCAUAUGUCACGUAAUCUAUGUAGGAACUAAUUUUUAUCCAACCUUUGCGACGUUAGUGCCGUCAUCAGUAUUGUUAGGCCUCACGGCUGGACCAAUGUGGACGUCUCAAAGUGUAUAUCUGGCUGAUAUGGCAUGUUCCUACGCAGACAGAACUUCGAAAGAUGGUCAUGCUGUUCUUAGUAAAUUUAAUGGAAUUUUCUUUGCAAUGUUUGAAACCACGCAAAUAACGGGAAACCUGAUUUCAUCUCUAGUUCUUCAACAGGGCAGCUACGAAAGUAGUUCCUCAGCCAAUGAAACAACUGUAAAGUUUUGUGGUAGUGAAGAUUGUCCAAUGGCGGUCAAUGGCACAAAAAUUGAUGAACCCGACCGUCAUAUUGUGUUUAUCCUUUUAGGUAUAUUUUUGAUAUGUGAUGUUUUUGGUGUUUUUCUUACUGCCUGUUUCUUGCCGCCGAUGAAUAAACUUGCAUCGAAACAGAAAGUGAAUCUAUUGAAAUCUUUAGCGUCAUGUGGAAAGGGUCUUACAGAUUUAAACCUUGUAUUUCUGUUACCCUUAAUAAUGUUUAUGGCGAUGGAGCAAGCAAUUCUGUGGACUGAUUAUACAAAGGCAUUCAUCAGCUGUCCAUUAGGAAUUCAGAAGCUUGGAUUCGUCAUGGCAACCUAUGGUGGCUCCACGACAGUCUUCGCACUCGUAUUUGCUCGAGUCUCAAAAUAUACCGGACGAUACAUUUUAUUUGCUCUAGCUGGCCUGGUCAACCUUGGUAUUUUGAUAACGUUAUAUAUUUGGAUACCAAGUUCUGAGGACGUUUUUCUCAUAUUCUUGAUACCAGUUAUUUGGGGCGUGGCUGAAGGAAUAUGGCAAAUACAGUCAAAUGCCUUGGUUGCACUGCUAUUCCCGGAAAAGAAAGACUCCGCCUUCGCCAACUACCAUACCUGGAAAGCGAUUGGUUUUACAUUGACAUUUAUUUAUGGAAACCUGCUCUGUGUGUCAACAAAAUUGAUAAUCGCCAUAAGUUUACUGAUGGUGUCGAUGAUUUUAUAUUUUAUUGUAGAAAUUAGAGUUAAACAAAGUAAAUCUAGUAAUGAAAAAGAGACAGAAGAAGGAAACAAUUUAGAUCCAGACAGCAAUACUUCAUAUGAUUGAAAUGCUUGCACAGUUGUACAGCACAUUUUUAUAGAUAGUAACAUUAAUGAAGUAAUUAUUAUCUAGUUUUAUUUGCAGUGAUUGAUUUUAACUUUUGCACAACACGAAUUGGUCAAAAAUAAAUUAUGAAUUUGUCUCAAGACAUUAUCCCCAUCUACAUUACUACAGCACUUUCACCUUAUUUAAACAUAUAUAAAACGCUGGCGUGUUUGACAUUUAUGUUUAUUAUUCUCUUGGCUCGACAAUUUUGUUCCCGUUAUAUGCAAUUUAGUAUUAUUGGUGCCAUUAUAACCAGUAGCAUGUCCACCACCAACUGCAAUCAUUAAAUUAGAAUGGCUUCAUACCCAAACGGUAUUUAAUAGUCAUAGCAGAGUGCUGGCGGCCCAGUCGAUGUUUCAAUAAGACUACAGUUAUACCGUGUUCACACUAGCAGAUCGGUUUUAUUUUCAUCUGGCACUAAUUAGCUAUAAUUGGUAUUUGACAUUUAAAACCCAUCAAAAUAUAAUCUAGUUUGCGUCCACACUAGACAAAGAAAUGUGGUUUAAAUAUAUACAUGCAAUGUUGGAAGUGAACAAAUAUUUUGCAAUAAGCAGAAAAGGUUACAAAGAAGGGGGCUGACAGAAACAAGAAGGAGUCAUCAAUGUUUAAACUUCUGUGUUCAUCUAAAAAUUUCUGUUCAUUCCAUCUUUAGUCAAUUUUGAGCAUCAGCAUGACUCCAUAUUGUAAUUUAAGGUUUUUGCUUCAUCAACACUCCAAUUACUUUUGCCAGCCAUAGCAUCAUUUGUUUGAUACAAAAGAGAAACACAUGGUAUUCUUCAGCCAAAAGGUAAGAUCUGGAGAUUUGGGAUUGUAAAACCAUUUAUAACUCACAUUUGCGUUCACACUUGUAAAAUAAUGUAGUAUUACUUUUUAAUUUAGUAUUAAAACCACCUCCCGAGGUAGUUUUAAUGCUACAUUACAGAAACCACUUGACCUUUACAUAAUUCACGUUUUACACCACAUAUAGUGUGGACGCAAACGAGUUUAAAAAAUAAACCCAAGUUAAUGUAGGAUUGAAGCGUAGUCUGAACGCGGUAUAACUGCAAGUAAACUACGUAUACGCCGCAACAGAAAGUCACCUGAACACCGUGAAUGUAUUUUAAAACACCUCAGUUUUGCAGUCAAUUCAUAGCCGAAAUAUGAAAAACCCUUUCAUUCAAAAUAUUCUUUUCAGGGUUCAUGCACUAUCUUUCAAAAAGUCUAUCAUAUUUUGAUGGAUUCCAAGUCGUGUUGGUAUUAAUGGAAACGAGGAUGCUGAUACUACAGCAAAGAAAUCCCUUUCAUUGCCGCGAUCUAAUUCCAAAUUACCAUAUACUGAUUUUAAAUCAAAUGUAAAUAUAUAACUUUUAUCUAAAUGGCAAAUUGUCGUGGAACAAUGCUUCAUUCAAUUAACCUCAUGAUAUUAAACCUUUAGGGGAAUGGCACCAAGAGAACAGAUCUGUUCGCUGUUGUUCUUUCUCGCUGUCGAAUAGGCCAUACCCGUUUGACUCAUUCUUACCUCUGAACAAAGAAGAUCAACCUGAAUGUAUCCCAUGUCAAACACCGCUGACUAUUAAAAAUAUUUUAAUUGAUUUUGUGGACUUCGCUCUAUUUUGACAUUAAAACUUUCAAAAGAGUUGUUUGAAACAGUUUCCGUCAACGGUAUUUUAUCCUUUUUAAAACAGACAGGCAUCUAUCAAAAAAUCUGAACAUGAAAUUUUUAUUCACAUCUGUUGCGAUAUCGGUAUGUUUACAGCAGAUAUUUAACACUGGAUAUAUGUUUUUAUAUAAUUUUUUUUUUACAAAUGGUUUUUAAUGUAUGUUUCCAAUAUAACUUUUUCUCGGCUA